AAUAAAUGCGGGCCUACAAUAUGGAUGCGCCCAUGAAAAUAAGGAUUAUUUUUGCAAAAUUGUCAAAAUGAGUACCAAUGUCGUGCAAUAUGUAGUUGUAAGACGUGAUGUGCUUAAAACACUGAAAUGGCCGGUGGGUGCAUUGAUUGCACAGGCCUGUCACGCAUGUACUGCAGUAAUGCACAAUUUUUAUAACCAUCCAGACACACAGAACUAUUUAAAAGAUCUGGAUAAUAUGCAUAAAGUUAUUUUAGAGGCCAAAGAUGAGGAGAGCUUAAGAUCCUUGUCAAGUGUCCUAACAGAAAACAGUAUAGACCAUAAACUAUGGAUUGAACAACCAGAAAAUAUAUCAACAUGUAUUGCAGUUAGACCUUACAACAAAGAAACAGUACAACAAUUCUUUAAAGAAUUUAAAUUAUUCAGAUAAAACUGUUCUGCUUA